CAAAACUUUCUGUAUAUGUCAAAAUUGUCAAAAGGACGGGCAAACGCCAAAUUUUAGAAAAAGAAGAGUUCUCUUAGAAAUUUUCUUUUAGCCGUUCAAAAUGACGGAAGGAACAGCUACAAUUCGUACCAGAAAAUUCAUGACCAACAGACUGUUGUGUCGAAAGCAAAUGGUGGUAGAUGUUCUACAUCCAGGGCAACCUUCUGUUAAGAAAACAGAUAUAAGGGAAAAGCUCGCCAAAAUGUACAAGGUUAUGCCUGAUGUCAUCUUUGUUUUUGGUUUUCGUACAAACUUUGGUGGUGGAAAAUCAACAGGCUUUGCUUUGAUUUACGAUACAUUAGAUUUUGCCAAGAAAUUUGAACCCAAACACAGAUUACAGAGGCAUGGUCUUUAUGAAAAGAAACAACAGACACGUAAACAACGUAAAGAACGAAAGAACAGAAUGAAGAAAGUACGUGGAACCAAGAAGAGUAAAGUUGGAGCAGCAGCCAAAAAGGGAGGCAAAUAAUAUUUCAGUAAACGGGUUACAUAUGAUAUGGCAUUCCAUUGUGUCUCAAGUACUGACUGUAUUGAAAGGACUAUUUAUUUGAAACACAAUAUCCAUCUGAAUGUCUAUGUAAUAUAUAACUUUUCCACUAAAUAUAUUUUAAGUUUAUUGUAA